AUCAACUUGUAAUGGAUGUUUGAGGCCGCGUUCGCUUUGGACGCUCACGCGCUUUUAGCGUCGGUCUAUAUUUUUUAUUCAUUAAAUGUAAAACAAAGAUAAACUAACACCGAAAAUGCGUGAAUGUUCAAACGAACGCAUCCUAAAAAUUCCUGAUUCACAAAUUCGAGCGCCUGCAGUUAUGCGUUCAUUCUAACAUUUCGAAUGUUGGGUUAUUAUUUUGCCGGCGCCGGCCAGCUGAGCCUGAUUCGAGAGGUGUGAUGUGGCUCAAUAAAUAAGUCAGAAACAAUUUCACUUUUAAAUGGUGACGCUCAACGACAGGUUGAAAAAGUAGUUUUAUUUUCGAAGAUGCCUCGCUCAAGAGUUUCCGAUUUACUUGGUAUACUUCAAGGAGCGCAAAGGGUGACAAGUGCUGCAAUAAAAUAUCAAGAGGACGCAAUCAGAUUUGCAAUUACGCAUUCCAGUUUGAAAAGUUUGCCCGAGAAGUGUCUGCAGACUGCACGCAAGAAAUUGAGUGACAUAGAACCAAGUAAGGUUCCUGAACAAGUGGUGAAGGAUUUAAGAGACGUAGCUGAGCGUGCGGGUACGGUCGAAGAAGGCGUGAAACAAUACGCCAAGAUAAUGAUUGCUCAAACCCUGGGAAUGAAAACUGAUACUUAUGUGCCUAAGAGGGAGACGAAAUUGUAUGUACAUAAUGCUGCAAAAGACCCAAAGGAAUUACCUGUUAACGGCAAUGUCACCACGCGACGGUAUAACACUAGCAAGCCUGUGGCGCAACAAUCAUCGGGAGUCGAACGAGAUAAUAAUACAGCGUGGGAGCGCAUGUCUGUGAAGGAGAAGAUUCAGACCAUUGGCAGUUCGCCCAAAGCGAUACCUGAUAUAGAGCUGUCCAACAAGGAUAAAGAAAUCUUGAGAAAGCUGGAAUUGGAGCAUGAAAGGAACGUUAAAAAGCAGGCUGCAACUUCCGUUUCUUCGUCCGCAAUGGAAAAGGAACGCGUACGUGUACCAACGGAGCCUAAGGAGAGACCAACAGCUAAAUUGUUGGUGAAACCAAAGCAACUGUCGCCUACCGCCCGAGAGAGGAAAGUCCCCGCUACACGGAUGCAGAGAAUGGUGAGCUUUGGAACUCUGGGUGUGGGUCUGGGUCUCGGUACCGUUGCCGAAUACACACGGAGAACGUUGGGGUUUAAGGGACAGAGCAUCGGGGAUGCGGUCGACAACGUCUUCCUCACCAGGGCUAAUGCGGAAAGGAUAGUUUCAACAUUGUGCAAAGUGAGAGGUGCAGCUUUAAAGAUUGGUCAAAUAUUGAGUAUUCAAGACAAUAACGUUAUAAGCCCCGAAUUACAGAGUGUCUUCGAAAGAGUCAGACAGAGUGCUGACUUUAUGCCAACUUGGCAAGUAGAGAAAGUAUUAGUCGACGAACUCGGAAGUGAUUGGAGGAAUAAAUUCGCAUCCUUUGAAGAGAAACCGUUUGCUGCUGCAUCCAUUGGACAAGUGCAUCAUGGUGUGUUAUUUAAUAGGCAAGACGUUGCGAUAAAAAUUCAGUAUCCGGGCGUGGCUAAGGGGAUUGAGAGCGACAUCGAGAAUUUAGUAGGCAUAAUGAAGGUGUGGAAUAUGUUUCCAGAGGGGCUGUUCAUCGACAACCUGGUGGAAGUUGCGAAACGGGAGCUCACGUGGGAGGUAGACUAUGUGAGGGAAGCGGAGUGUACGAAGAAGUACAAGGAAUUGGUAGCGCCUUAUCCAGAUUUUUAUGUGCCUACAGUAAUAGACGAGUUCUCGACGAAGCAAGUAUUCACGACGGAAAUGAUAGAAGGCAUUCCCGUGGACAAAUGCGUGGAGAUGGACGUUAAAAUCAGGGAGCGCAUCAGUGAAUUGGUCAUGCGCCUCAGUUUGAAGGAACUAUUCGAGUUUCGAUACAUGCAGACUGACCCGAAUUGGUCCAACUUUUUCUACAAUCCUAGUACAAAUCAGUUAAUUUUAUUGGAUUUUGGAGCGUGCCGGUCUUAUGAGAAAGCGUUUAUGGACAAGUACAUCGAAGUUAUCAACGCUGCGAGUGACGGAAAUCGCGACAAGGUCCUUCACCUGUCUCGAGAGAUGAAAUUUCUUACCGGAUAUGAAUCUAAGAUUAUGGAAAAUGCUCAUGUGGAUGCGGUCAUGAUCCUUGGACAGGUGUUCGACAAUAAUCAUGAGUAUUACGAUUUUGGCGGUCAGGAUGUGACCAGGCGAAUGCACACUUUAGUGCCCACCAUAAUAAAUCACAGACUGUGCCCACCGCCUGAAGAGAUAUAUAGCUUGCACAGGAAGUUAUCUGGAAUAUUUCUGUUGUGUGCAAAACUCAAAGUCAGAAUCAAGUGUCGCGACAUGUUUCGCGAGAUUUAUGCUAAUUACAAAUUCGGUUGACGGAAACAGAAAAACAAAACUAUUCUUGUACAAACGUAUGCGCGUGUUGCAAUAAAAUAAAAUAUUAGUAAUUUCUA